UCUUCAUGCUGCAGUUUCGAUCUUUCUAUUUAAACAAAGUAGAAGAAUCUCUCAGAAGCAGAGGAACAGAUUAUCAGUGUUGGAUGUGAAGAUGGGACACACUUUGUUCUCUCUACUGGGUUUUUUCUUGCUGAAUUUACUUUACCGUGGACAAGCUCAAGAUGCUGUGCUGACCAUUGAGCCAAACUGGACCAUUUUUUUUACCUGGGAGUCUGUUACCUUCAAGUGUGACAUUACAGGAGACAAAGACAGCGACUGGUAUUACGCAAUCCUCAAGGAUGGUCAAGGAAUUCUCCCUUACGGCAAACAUGACAGCUAUAAAUUACCCUCUCUAGCUACAGGCUACAGUGGUGCAUACCAAUGUGUUUUUCAGCACAGGGGAUCAACAAAGACAAGCAAUACAAUCUAUCUAACUGUAUCAGACACACCUAAGCCUGUCCUCACUGUGUCUCCAUCAUGGCCGAGUCCUGGAGCCUCAGUAACUCUGAACUGCAGGGUUGAUCAUCCUUCUGCUGGCUGGAGCUUCUACUGGUAUAAGGCUGGUCCCAAACUGUCAUACAACUCCUACAGCUAUGAGCUGCUACCUGGCAGCGAGAAUGGGACUGAACAGGAUCUCUUCAUCAUUGAUGGACAAACACACACAGCAGGAUAUGUGUGCAGAGCAGGAAGAGGAGACCCAGUAUAUUUCAGUUGGCACAGCAAACCUAAGUUUGUCUGGUCUGGAGAUAUUAACUCAGCAGCAUCUCUCACAGUGAGUCCUGACAGUGUGCAGCACUUCACCAAAACGUCUGUGUCACUGAGCUGUGAGGGAAACUCCACUGAGUGGAGAGUGAUGAGGUUUUAUGAAUCUGGCUACUUUUAUCCCUGUUCUCUCUGGGGGACAAUGACUGGAUCCACAUGCACAAUAACCAGCAGCUGGGUUAGUGGAGUGUUCUGGUGUGAGUCUGAAACAGGACAGUUCAGUAAUGCUGUCAACAUCACUAAAGAUGAUGAUGGUCAAAUGAUCCUGGUGAGUCCUGUCCGUCCUGUGGCUGAGGAACUUCCUGUCACUCUUAGCUGCAAGUUAAAUAAUGAAGCUGCUGUUAAUAAUGUGGAUUUCUAUAAAAAUGACAAACUCAUCCAGAACGAUACCAGAAGGGAGCUGACCAUCUCCGCAGUGUCAAAGUCAGACGAAGGCUUUUAUAAAUGUAAACAGAGAGAUUCAGCAGAUGGUUGGACGUCACCAGAGAGUUGGUUCUCAGUAAAAUACAAAAACGUGAUCCUGGAAAGUCCUGCGUCCACAUUGUUUGAAGGAGAAUCAGUGACUCUGCUCUGUCUGCAUCGUACUCAGAGAGAGGGGAAUGCUGCCUUCUACAGAGACGGAUCAUUGAUCACAACAGACAGAAACCACCAGUCACCAUUAAUGGCAAACAACACAGUUCAAGUAAUGUCAGACGGGAGCUCUUACAGUUGUAAAUUUGGCGAUGAAGAAUCUGAACCAAUAAAACUGAGACUAGAACCAAAACCAAAGGCCCUGCUGAGAUACAUAUUUCCAGGAGGGGGCAAUGUGACUCUAACUUGCUCUGUAGGACCAUCAUCAGCUUCUGGUUGGAGAUACUUCUGGUACAAAAAAGAGAAAACCUCUGAACCCCUGAAGACACAAGAUGUUGUUUUCCUCACAAAUGACCAAAUCAGUGUCUCACGAGGCGUCUACUGGUGCAGAGGAGGAAGAGGAGACCCUGUUUACUACACAGAGUACAGCGAUGCAGUCGUCACAAACAGGGCUGUUGUGACCCUGCAACCCAAAUGGCCUCAAAUAUACUCUCGAGAAACCUUCACUCUUACAUGUGAAAUUGAGGAUGGAGGAGACUAUGAGUGGGAGUUUUUUUGGACGACACCCGGGUCAGUAACACCUCAGAAAUCUCACCUUGCUCCUUCAUCAGGAAGUGGGAAAUACCAGUGUGUGGGCAGACUGAAAGGUGAAAUGUCUUACACGCUGUGGAGUGAUGUUUUCACAUUGACAGUAUCUAACGACACACCUGAGCCUGUCCUCACUGUGUCUCCAUCAUGGCCGAGUCCUGGAGCCUCAGUAACUCUGAACUGCAGGGUUGAUCAUCCUUCUGCUGGCUGGAGCUUCUACUGGUAUAAGGCUGUUCCCCAAAAGUCAGACUACUCCUACAGCUAUGAGCUGCUACCUGGCAGCUACAAUGGGACUGAACAGGAUCUCUUCAUCAUUGAUGGACAAACACACACAGCAGGAUAUGUUUGCAGAGCAGGAAGAGGAGAUCCAGUGUAUUACAGUUGGCAUAGUGAACCUAAGUUUGUCUGGUCUGGAGAUUUGAAUUCAGCAGCGUCUCUCACAGUGAGUCCUGACAGUGUGCAGCACUUCACCAAAACCUCUGUGUCACUGAGCUGUGAGGGAAACUCCCCUGAGUGGAGAGUGAUGAGGUUUUAUGAAUCUGACUACCUUUAUGACUGUUCUUCCUGGGGGACAAUGAUUGGAUCCACAUGCACAAUGACCAGAAGACGGGUUAGUGGAGUGUUCUGGUGUGAGUCUGAAACAGGACAGUUCAGUAAUGCAGUCAACAUCACUAAAGAUGAUGAUGGUAAAAUUAUCCUGGUGAGUCCUGUCCGUCCUGUGGCUGAGGGACGUUCUGUCACUCUUAGCUGCAAGUUAAAGACACAAACUGUUUAUAAUGUGGAUUUCUAUAAAAAUGACACACUCAUCCAGAACGAUAACAGAAGCGAGCUGACAAUCUCUGCAGUGUCAAAGUCAGAUGAAGGCUUUUAUAAAUGUAAACUGAAAGAUUCAGCAGAUGGUUGGACGUCACCAGAGAGUUGGUUCUCAGUAAAAUACAGAAACGUGAUCCUGGAAAGUCCUGUGUCCACAUUGUUUGAAGGAGAAUCAGUGACUCUGAGAGAGGGGAAUGCUGCCUUCUACAGAGAUGGAUCAUUGAUCACAACAGACAGAAACCACCAGUCACAAUUAAUGGCAAAAAACACAGUUCAAGUGAUGUCAGAUGGGAGCUCUUACAGUUGUAAAUUUGGCGAUGAAGAAUCUGAACCAAUAAAACUGAGAACUGAACCAAAACCAAAGGCCCGGCUGAGAUACAUAUUUCCAGGAGGGGGCAAUGUGACUCUAACUUGCUCUGUAGGACCAUCAUCAGCUUCUGGUUGGAGAUACUUCUGGUACAAAAAAGAGAAAACCUCUGAACCCCUGAAGACACAAGAUGUUUUCCUCACAAGUGACCAAAUCAGUGUCUCACGAGGAGGCAUCUACUGGUGCAGAGGAGGAAGAGGAGACCCUGUUUACUACACAGAGUACAGCGAUGCAGUCGUCACAAACAGGACUGUUGUGACCCUGCAACCCAACUGGCCUCAAAUAUACUCUCGAGAAACAUUCACUCUUACAUGUGAAAUUGAGGAUGGAGGAAACUAUGAGUGGGAGUUUUCUUGGAGGACACCCGGAUCAAACACACCUCAGAAAUCUCACCUUGCUCCUUCAUCAAGAAAUGGGAAAUACCAGUGUGUGGGCAGACUGAAAGGUGAAAUGUCUUACACGCUGUGGAGUGAUGUUUUCACAUUGACAGUAUCUAACGACACACCUCAGCCUGUCCUCACUGUGUCUCCAUCAUGGCCGAGUCCUGGAGCCUCAGUAACUCUGAACUGCAGGGUUGAUCAUCCUUCUGCUGGCUGGAGCUUCUACUGGUAUAAGGCUGUUCCCCAAAAGUCAGGCAACUCCUACAGCUAUGAGCUGCUACCUGGCAGCGAGAAUGGGACUGAACAGUAUCUCUUCAUCAUUGAUGGACAAACACACACAGCAGGAUAUGUGUGCAGAGCAGGAAGAGGAGAUCCAGUGUUUUACAGUUGGAACAGCAAACCUGUGUUUGUCUGGUCUGGAGAUAUUAACUCAGUAGCGUCUCUCACAGUGAGUCCUGACAGUGUGCAGCACUUCACCAAAACCUCUGUGUCACUGAGCUGUGAGGGAAACUCCACUGAGUGGAGAGUGAUGAGGUUUUAUGAUUCUGACAACCUUUAUCCCUGUUAUAUCUGGGGGACAAUGACUGGAUCCACAUGCAAAAUAACCAGUAGCUGGUUUAUUGGAGUGUUCUGGUGUGAGUCUGAAACAGGACAGUUCAGUAAUGCAGUCAACAUCACAAUGAAGUAUGAUGAUAUUAUCCUGGUGAGCCCUGUCCGUCCUGUGGCUGAGGGACUUCCUGUCAUUCUUAGCUGCAAGUUCAAGACAGAAACUGCUCUUUAUGAUGUGGAUUUCUAUAAAAAUGACGAACUCAUCCAGAACGAUACCAGAAGGGAGCUGACCAUCUCUGCAGUGUCAAAGUCAGAUGAAGGCUUUUAUAAAUGUAAACAGAGACAUUCACCACACGGUUUGCAGAAGUGGACGUCACCGAGAAAAGUCAAAAGAUCUCAGAGGACCAAUCAGGGCCCUGCUACAGACCACAUGAUCAACCAGGACGAAACUAACCAAAGAGAAAAUGCUUCUGUUCUUCAGGAGUCAGUGUUCGAUGUGAAGAUGGGACACACUUUGCUCUGCGUGCUGGGGUUAUUCUUGCUCAAUUUACUUUACCGUGGACAAGCUCAAGACACACCUAAGCCUGUCCUCACUGUGUCUCCACCAUGGCCGAGUCCUGGAGCCUCAGUAACUCUGAACUGCAGUGUUGAUCAUCCUUCUGCUGGCUGGAGCUUCUACUGGUAUAAGGCUGUUCCCAAAAAGUCAAACAACUCCUACAGCUAUGAGCUGCUACCUGGCAGCGAGAAUGGGACUGAACAGGAUCUCUUCAUCAUUGAUGGACAAACACACACAGCAGGAUAUGUUUGCAGAGCUGCAAGAGAAGAUCGAGUGUUUUACAGUUCGUACAGCAAACCUGCGUUUGUCUGGUCUGGAGAUUUGAAUUCAGUAGCGUCUCUCACAGUGAGUCCUGAGAGUGUGCAGCACUUCACCAGAACGUCUGUGUCACUGAGCUGUGAGGGAAACUCCACUGAGUGGAGAGUGAUGAAGUUUUAUGAACCUCGUAACCUUUAUCCCUGUUCUAUCUGGGGGGCAAUGAUUGGAUCCACAUGCAAAAUAACCAGGAGACGGGUUAGUGGAGUGUUCUGGUGUGAGUCUGAAACAGGACAGUUCAGUAAUGCAGUCAACAUCACAAUGGAGAAUAGUGAAAUGAUCCUGGUGAGUCCUGUCCGUCCUGUGGCUGAGGGACUUCCUGUCACUCUUAGCUGCAAGUUAAAUAAUGAAGCUGCUCUUUAUAAUGUGGAUUUCUAUAAAAAUGACAAACUCAUCCAGAACGAUACCAGAAGGGAACUGACAAUCUCUGCAGUGUCAAAGUCAGACGAAGGCUUUUAUAAAUGUAAACGGAGAGAUUCAGCACGUGGUUUGCAGAAGUGGACGUCACCAGAGAGUUGGUUUUCAGUAAAAUCAGCUUCUCGGCCUGGAAGAGCCUCUCAAUUUCCCGUCCUGUUGACUGUUGGGCUGCUUUGUGGAGUUUUACUGAUAAUUCUCCCGCUGCUGUUCCUGUAUCGCUACAGAAAAUCCAAAGAUUCAGUCUUCAUCAGAUCUCAGAGCACCAAUCAGGGCCCUGCUACAGACCACAUGAUCAACCUGGAUGAUAUUCAAAACAUGCCAGAAUAUUCUACUCUCCUCCAUGGUGAUCGUUGUCUCUAUGAAACAAUCGGAGGGCCUGUAGAAGCUGGAAAUGCAGGUGCCAGUAAUGAACCAGAAGAGAGCCUUUACAUAAACGUGGCUGCAGAUCAAUAAAGACAUCCUCAUGGACAGAACCAAUGGAGCGGAUAAAAACAUGAAAAGCAACAUCCUUGUUUCAGCAAUUGAGUGUAUUUGCUGCUUUUGUGUAAAUAGCGCAGUGCCUUUUUUUAAUAACGGCCUUUCUAGGAACAUGCUAAAUGCUUUGCAAUUCAACUGUAUACUUACUUUCUGUGUACUUAUAUUUAGUAUAAAACAUUGUACUGCAACAUUAUCUGUUACAUGUCAGAUUCAGAUCAUGUGGCUCUAACCUUGUUGUACAUUUGGUGAUAUUAGAGCCAGAUACUAAUAUAUGCAGUAUGGACACAUGCUUUAGCACUGUAGAUGCACACAGUGGACACACACAUAUAUUAUUAAUAAAACACAAAUGCAAUUAUA